CUCAGAGCCUGAUCGACCUAGUGUAGAGAAGAGGCAUAUUCAGGGACUCUGUCAGAGAGAGUGACUUAGAUUCAACAGACUGAGUAACAGAGCUAGAAAGUGACAGAGAGCUUCAAAAGGAAACAUCAAAACCUCAAGGACAGGAGGGAAGUAAGCAAGAGAAUUUGAAUUUGGUUAGUGCAGUGUUUGCUGUUCUGCUCAGUUAUCCAUCUCCAUCUGGGUGCCAUCUGUGCCUCUGGCUUUGGCCUUUGCUGCGCAGGAGCUCACAUAUGUGGGAAUGCAAACACAUGCCUGACAUAUGAAGGCGUGGAGUCACAAAAGAGGACAAAAAGCAGAGGACGAGAAAGCAAAACUGCCACUGCAGCUGACUCUACUAGAGUGGAGACAGUAGAGAGAAGAAGACCCCUGCCAUGCCCGGUUCGCCUGUGGAUGCUAAGACUCAUUCCAGAUCAGCCCCUAGCAGCAGUGCCAGCUCCACAAUGCCACCUCUACCUUCUGUCAACCCCAGUGGUCCUCGUCCGGCCUCCUUUUCCACCACAGCAUUGACCAAUGGGAAUCAUCAUUCCCCACCAACGCUGAAUGCAGUGCCCUCUCCACCGCAGCGUUACAGCAAUGGACCAUCCUCCUCUUCAUCCUCAUCGCUGGCUAAUCAACAGCUGCCGGCCACCUGUGGUGCUCGCCAACUGAGCAAGCUGAAACGUUUCCUGACCACGCUGCAGCAGUUUGGCAACGACAUUUCUCCCGAGAUUGGAGACAGUGUCAGAAGCCUAGUUCUGGCCCUUGUGAACUCAACGGUUACUAUUGAGGAGUUUCAUUCACGGCUUCAGGAGGCCACCAACUUCCCCUUGCGGCCCUUUGUUAUUCCUUUUCUCAAGGCAAAUCUUCCCCUGCUGCAGAGGGAGCUGCUCCACUGUGCACGAGCAGCCAAGCAGACUCCAGCUCAGUACUUGUCCCAGCAUGAGCACCUCCUGCUAAGCACCACCAUGACUUCCUCUCCAGACUCCUCUGAGUUGCUGAUGGAACCUCCUGAGGCAGGGACCAAACGACACAGCCCCAGCAGAGUUAAGGAGAACGGCUUCCACGAACGUCCUCCAGUAGCAAUGGAGCCUGCAGCAAAACGGAUUUGCACCAUCAGCCCCGCUCCACGACACAGCCCUGCCCACCCGCUGCCCCUCACUGCCCAGCUUCACCCGACUCCUCCACCCUUGCAACACUAUGCCUUGGAUGACAUAGCAGCGCCACACCUCUUGCACCGAGAGCACAGCCAACGUGUGCUGGAGAUCCGUGAACUUAAGGACAGGCCCAGACUCCCUGGCACUAACGGAGGAUACCGUGAGGAGCCGGUGGACCACAGACUGACAGACAGAGAGUGGGCUGAUGAAUGGAGGCAUCUGGAUCAUGUGCUGAACUGUAUCGUGGACAUGGUGGAGAAAACCCGAAGAUCAGUGAGCGUGCUCAGACGCUGCCAGGAGUCGGAUCGAGAGGAACUGAACUAUUGGAGACGACGUUCGAGUGAGCAGGAAGACCCUCGCAAAGGAGCCUCGGGAUCUGCUCCAUUUUCCAAAACACAGAGCCCGCUCUCUGCAGAGUCGGACUCCCAGCGGGACUUUGGUCCACGGCCAGCUUCAGCAUACGUUACCGAUGAGAUCUGGAGGAAAGCGGAAGAGGCAGUGAAUGAAGUGAAGCGUCAGGCCAUGGACGAGGUUCAGAAAGCAGUGGCAGAGGCCGAGCAAAAAGCUUUUGAGAUGAUCGCUGCAGAGAGAGCAAAAAUGGAGAAGACUCUGGCUGAGGUGAAGAGGAAGGCUCAAGAGGAUGCCAUCAUGGUCAUCAAUGAACAGGAGGAUUCGAGUGAGUGUUGCUGGAAUUGUGGUCGUAAAGCUAGCGAGACAUGCAGCGGCUGCAACGCCGCUCGUUACUGUGGGUCCUUCUGCCAGCACAAAGACUGGGAAAGGCAUCAUCUCAUCUGCAGUCCGGGACUUCAAGCUCAGCCCAAACCAGUCUCUGCCAUCAUUGCGAACAGGGUAGCUGCUGUGACCACAGCAGCAGCAGCUGCAGCUGGGAUGUCUCCUGUUAGUGUAGCUGGGGUCAAAGCUCCUGACAGUAAGCCUUCGGCCAGCCCAGGUGGAGAGAAGGCCUCAGUUGCUUCUCGGUCCUCCACUCCCUCCACCCCAGCCUCAGUCCCUGAGACUAAUGGACAUUAAGGAUGCAGAGGACUUUAGAAUUUAACACAACAACUGUCCUCUGUGUUAUUGGGGAAGAGUUGAAUCAGCAGCAUGAGGAAAGUAUUUGGGUUAAGUUAGGAUAACAGAUUUUUUCAUCAUACUUUGGCAGAUAAAUAAAGACAGAUUAUGGAUGACUGUUGUGAGUGAUGUGUCAACUGGGACUUUGGCUUUGGCACAGGACAAAGAGACUUGUUUAGUAUGCAUCCAUUGGAUGAACAGAUCUCCAUAACAGAUGGAAACGUCCUUCUGGUCCAAAACCCCAAAUCCGGGAUCUGGGCUGAAAAAAAAAACUGAUGAUUGAUCACGAGAGAAAGUUUUUAAAGGAAGACAUACAACUCUCCCACCCCGUAAACAAUGUCACUGAUGUUUCUGUGUACAAAAUUGAGACGAGGAGGUAGUGUUGGUAAAUGUAAACAGUGUAAUAGUACCAGACUUAAAGCAUAUGUCUUUGUUGUUUAGGAAAAAAUCUGACAACAGGCCACCUGAGUGCUAUCAGUGCAGCUCCUCUCUAUUCAUAAAUAUGUCCUCACCAACUUGUCAGUUUUUCAUAUGUGUGAAUGAGUCAAACGUCGUGGUGUUGGUGAAUAUUGUAAAGCAUAUGAAUAUUUUUGUUAAAGCAAUAUUAAAAUGAAGGGUUCAGGUAUUUCAAGAUGUUUCUUCAUCACCAAAGUUUUAAAAGUCAUUUUCAUGGCCCAGAAGUGUCUUUUAGGAACAUAAAAUCCUUAGAGUUUUACUGGGAACUCUUCUCACUCCAUGUCAUUCGUGUUCAUCAAAAACAUUCAGUCAUGACUUUCAUUCUUGUUACAGGGUCACAUGUUGCUCCAAAAAUCAUUUACCACUGCAUCAGAAGAUUAAGAACAUUAAUGUUAUCCGUUUUAGUUAGUUUAGUUAUGAAUUAACCACAAAUUGUCAUUGAACCUUGUGUCGCAGUGACAACUCUGUCUGACAGAAAAUCUCAGGAGCUAAGCUGUAUUCAUGUGCAAAAAUCAUUCUUCUAUUCUCACAGUUAGGCUUAUGUUUAGUGAUGAACUUUGAUUUUAUCCUACUGUGCUGUUACAUCUGAGAUUUUCAUGUUUUUGUUUGUUGUAAGAUGACUUUGUAAAGAAGAUUAUGAGAGACACCCUUUAUUUUGAGCCACAGUUUUCCCCCUUCUUCAUUCUAAAAAUAUGUCCUGUUAUAAUGCAUCAGUUCAUAUGAAAAACCUAUCUUGACAUGAAGUAUGGAAUAAAGUAGAGCUACUUCAAAAUUG